GGGGCGGGCGGGCGGGCUGCCCCUGCCGCCCUCCGGGGACAUAAAAACCCGCGGCCGGAUCCCGCCCGCGCCUCUCGGCGCUGCCGGCAGCAUGACGGCCAUCGGGGCGCAGCCUGAAGCAGUGUUGUUAACUCAGGUGGUUUUCUUCCCCCCGCUAUCCUUUAAGGCACAGAGGCUGCUGACACACCGGAGACCGCAGAAAUCCUUCUUUGAGACGCUCAUCAGGGGCCUGAUCAUCUUGUGCGUGGCGAUAGCAGUGGUCUUGUCGUCCAUCUCCGUCUGCGACGGCCGCUGGCUCUUCGCGAGGGGCCAGCUCUUCGGACUGUGGCACUUCUGCACCGUUAGCAACAGCAGUGUCCUGAAGUGUGUCACUGACCUCAGCCUGGCCAAUGUGGAGGGGCUGAGCGUGGGGGUGAUUCCCAUAAGAAGCAUGGUGUCCUUUGCUGUUGUGGUCGCCAUAUUUGGCCUGGAGCUCCUGAUGGUGUCUCAAGUCUGCGAGGACGCCAACGCAAGGCGGAAGUGGUCGUUGGGCUCGGUUCUCAUCCUCGUCUCGUUUUUACUGUCGGCCACUGGUGUUCUGAGCUUCUCCAUCCUUGUGAAGGAUCAUCUGACCUUCACAGGCUUCACGCUGACGUACUGGUGCGAGUUCAUCGCUGCCUUUCUCUUCUUCCUUAAUGGGAUCAGUGGACUUCACAUCAACAGCCUCACACACCCCAGGAACAGGGUAGGCAAAAUUUAGGUGCAAAGGGUGUACCUCCGUCUUUGUGUAAUCAGCUUUGCCAAUUAGACUGGAAAAAAGGGAGUCUAAUGAAGUUUGAAGAGGACACCCUGUCUUAAAUUGUCUGCAAGCGUGAGUCAGCCUUGAUGCCUGUAGAAGAGAGACCCACCCACUGGUCAGCGCAGAGGGCUGCGCAACACGAGCAAAGCAGAGACUGAGACUGGCUGCCGCUGAAAUGUGUUUUUCUGCAGGAGUGGUUUAAAGAAGAGGGUGUCCCGUUACACGUGUGGAGGGGUGGCAGACUAUGACCUGCUCGCGGGCUCAGUUUUGAGGCUUACACAAAGCCUGUACUGGUGUGGGUUUGGUGUGGCAGGGCUUCUCCCCGUACUCUGAAGCCUGUGAAGAGCAUGAUGCAGCCUCGGUGUAUCUUAUGGCUUUUCUCUGCUCAGGGACAGAUGACUUGCACCUGGCCAUGCUCACUGGCUUGAAGUAUUGAAAAUCUUCACUGCAUCUCACUCCUCCAUUUUGCUUUCAAAAGAGAAGGCACACAGGUCUUGAUCUGGUCACCCAUUUUGUUUCCUGCUGGCAUGUUCCCUGUAUUUGUCCUUUCCUCUCAGUUUUUCUGGGACACCUCUGACACAGGUGCAGGGAGAUGUAGCUGUCUUGGGACCAAGGACAGGUGCUGGGUGAUUCAGGUGCACAGGGAAGGGUUGUGGUGCCUUCCUUGGGCAGCAGUACGCAUUCAUGUGCCCAUGGCCUCUCCCUGCUGUCACCCCACUCCUCUGCCACCCCUGUAGGACACAUGACAUCAGUUACCCAAACUGGCUCCCUCACAGCCCUUACAAAGUUCUUUUUUUAAUGUAACGGAGCAUUGAUCUCCCUGGUUUCUUUUUUGUCCCUUUGGGGAAAAAGGGACGAGCUCUGCAGGGGCUUUGGGUGAGCGUUGUGGCUGGGCAGACCAUGCUGAGACCACCGCACCCUCCAGGGUGUGUUUUGUUUGUCAGGGUUUCCUGCUGGGGCAAUGAGAAGUCUUGUCCGGUAGCUGAGAGUCUCUGGCAGCAUUUUUUUCUGGUAGGAGAAAGCUCUAGAUCCUCCUGACCAGACCAUGUCCUUCUCACCCCCUGGUUAACAGUGGGCCUGGGAGGAGAAGCAGCCCAAGAUUACCUAAGAAGGGGCUGAUGGGGGCAGCUCUAAUCUGUCACAGCUAAUGGAAAUACAAAGGGACUUGGCCAAAUUAUAUUAAGGCUGGUCUUCCUCCUGCCAAUGCCUGAGUCAAGAUCUCUACAAUUGCUGCAGCUUUAAAGUUACUUAUGCUGUCUGAUGUAAAAGGAGAGAAGACCUCAGCAGGAGACCCUCAGAGGUUGGGUUGCCCCACGUGUGUCCUCCCUGUCCAACAUAUAUCACUCCGUUGCCCACAGAUUACAAAUGUCUUCAGAGUAUUUUCUGGCCUCUGUUCUAACGUUUGUUUUGUAUCAGCUGGUAAAACUGCUUGUAUUUUUGUUUUGGGACAAAUGUUUCUACAUGUUUCAUCUCUGUAGCUUGUCAGAUAGCUGUUGAGCAAGGUUUUCAUUUCCCGUGCAGCAAGUUUGGCACAGUUUUUCACCUGAAACAAAAGCAUCAUAACACAAAGGCCAAGAAGGCUGCGUAGGCGAGCCAUGAGUAAACAGCUUUGUGUUUGAAAGCCAGGAGUCAUAAGUCCUGCCUGCCUGAGUAUACAUCCACACUUGCUGAAUGUGCUCCUGUGGACUUGCUUGCCUUUAUAAGGGCUAUCUCCAUUCCUUCUCAGAUUUCUAUAACUUGUUAAGAUAAUGCUCCUAAACCUGUUUUGUGAUGGAGUUUCACACCAGGGUUGCUCUGGACAGUGUCAGUUGUGCUUUUGCACAUGAGUCUGCCCAUCUUUCUGGUGAGACAGUGCAUGGAGCUGUGCUACACAGCCAGCUCCUGAAGCUCUUGCAAUGUUUGGGGCUCUGUCAGACUUUAUUGACCCUCUCUCAAGGACAAAGACUUGUGCCCUUAACCUGCCUCUGGAAAGCUGCACUGUGAUUGUGUCUCUCUUUUGUGAAGGUGCUUUUGAUUUGCUGAUUUGCACUGUCAAAGACAUGCUGGUGGUCUGAACUUGCAGGUGCUUGUAUGAACAGUGCUGUUGGCUUUAGCAGAGCUGCUUACCCAAGAGGGCGUCUGCAAGGCCCGGUCCCAAAUUGUUGCGCUGUGGUGUUACCGGGUGGCAGAGUGCCUUAACUAACCAGCGAAUCCAUUGUGGUGCGUAGGGGUACCCAUGUUCCCCUACGUGAGGUCAAGGGUGUCCAUGGCUUGUCUAGAAACAUGGAUGUAACUUCAAAGUGCCUUCCUGGUGACAUUCAAAACUGGAAAUGAUUCUGCAUGUACUCCUUUUCAUGAUGGUGGGAGGCUGUGCCUCCAGCCCCUUCCCUGGGGGAAGGCAGCUGCCACCAGACUGGAGUCCCAGGCUGGUGCCUCCCACUCACGUUAGGGGGAGGCCGUGGACAAUUGGGCAUUGAGUUCACCCAAGACUUGGUGCAAUUGUGAGUGAUUUUAGGAUGCCCUCUGGUAGCUGAAGAGGCCUUUUGUUGGGGGUAGGGAAUCCUCUAGGGAAAAUACCAUAACUUUUUUUUCUGACUGUCUUUGUAUCGUACUGCUUGACUUACUAAUGCUUGGAGAAGAUGCAUUUUGAUGGCUAAAUACUAGAAAACAGGGUGGAUUAUCUCGGAAACAUCCUUAUAUACAGCAACUGGUGCAGCAAUGGGUAACUGCCUAUUUUCUGAAACCUGUGGAAGUGUCAAGCAAUAUUGCUGAAGUUUGUUAAAUAAAUUUAUUUGAAAUAA